ACAUGCUAUUGUGAAGGUGGUGUUUGGAGCCGCCACCAAGUGGUCCAAACUACUUUCACUCCUGCUGCCGCCGCCACUGCGCCCACCGACACUACCAAUGUUGCCGGCUGAGCUCAUAGAGCUAAUCCUAUUGAGGCUUCCAGCCAGGUCCCUUGUGAAAUUCAAGAGAGUUUGCAAGUCAUGGAAAACCCUAAUCUCCAGCUCCGACUUCAUCAAGAACCAAGUUCAACUUUCAAUAAUGGCGGAACCAGCCAUUUCCGAACUACACUUGGUCUAUUCCAACCUUCCCCGAUUAAUCAACAACGAAAUUGGAUUUAUCCCCAUUCAAUCUCUGUUCGAGAACCUUUCUUUCGGUACCGAAGUGGUUUACUUCCCCGUGGGCGGUUAUUACGUGAACACCACGGGCACCUGCAAUGGGUUCCUAUGCUUAACCGAUCUUCCAUGCUUUGAUUUCAAAGUGAGGUUGUUGAAUCCUUGCAUUGGAUUGGCAUCCGAGUGGUUGACACUUCAUUCUGAAUAUGACCAACAGAGACCUAUCUCCAAUUUUGGGUUUGGCUAUGAUCAUGUCAAUGACAAGUUCAAGAUUCUCACGGUUGUUGAAAGUUCCACCAGAAUAUACACUUUUGGCGCGUAUUCCUGGAUAACCGUUCAGGAUAUUCCUCUCCAUCCUCUCGAAUGGGAUGGAACAUUUGUCACCGGCACCGGAACACUUAAUUGGCUAGCUACUAGAAUUGCAUCGUCUAUUACCUAUCCUGUCAAUCAAACUGCGAUAGUUGUUCUUUCUUUCAACCUUGGAAAUGAGAGCUAUGGUCAAAUAGCAUUGCCUAACAUUGAAGGCGGGUUGAUCCAUUGCACAUAA